CGGGCCCAUCCGCUCCCAGCGCCCGCUGGCCCGCCAGAGUUCCGCCGAGCAGAGGCUGGGCAUGCUCAGCUUCUGUCCCCCCACAGCCCUCAUCUCCUCAUCCAUCAGCCUCUCCAGCUUCUCCAUGGCUCGGAGCCCGGGCGGCAGAGGGAGACAUCAGCCUCUGGCUGUCCCAGGGAAGAGAUGGGCUCUGGGCUUAUCCACCUGCCCAAGCUCCGCCCCGAGGAGAUAAUGAAGGAGCGCAGGCGCCAGCUGGCAAGGCUGGGCCCAGGAACCUACAACAUCAGGGACUUUCUGCAGGAGACACGUCCCUCCAGCCUCCGGGGCAUCUGCAACACCAGGGAGCAGCGGUUCCGAGACACCAACAGGGAUUGCUUCCCUGGCCCCGGAACAUAUGGGAACCCCUACACCCACCUGGAGGAGCGGGACAAGCGCUCGGUCUGCACGCGAGGGCUGUUGGAUUGCAGGGUGGCCAAGCGUGGCCUGCCAGAACUCACAGGCAGUGGCCUGGGACCCGGCACCUACAACCUGCGGAGCAGCAUCGAUGAGAAGCUGCGGGAGGCAAGAGGCUCCUGGCCCUGCCCGCCCACCUCAAGGGGCAAGCUGAAGCCCACCCGUGGUGGCCGUGGUCCUUUUGAGAAGGACACCAAGCUGACCACUGGUGUCAUCAAAGGUUUCCUGGAUGAACUGAUUUCCAGUGAGAACAAAAAGAAAGGCUGCUUCAGCACCCUGCCCAGGAACCCAGGAUGCCCCUCAGAGAGGAUCUUCUGGGCCACACUCAGCCAGUGCCCCAGGGAGGCGUAUGCAGUGGGGCCAGGCUCAUACGACCCAAAGCCUGUUGAGAGGACACAGUACCCCAGCCAAGCCCCGUUCUGGUCAUCUGCCAAGAGAUUUGACAGAAAGUCCUUUCGCCUCUUUACUGGGAAUGAGCAGCAUCAGCAGCACAUUGCAGAGGCAGUGCAAAACCCUGUCGGUGUUGGUCGCUACGACAUCACCAAGAAGGAGAAAUACCCUCAGAAUCUAAGGUACCAGUCCCUGUACCGGUGUGACACGGAGCGUUACCUGAGCAACCUGAAGAAGGAUGUCUGCCUGCUUGAGCGGCUCAAGCCUGUUGGUAAAAACAACUGGAGUGCUUUGAUUUCUGCUCCACGUUGUCGGGAUAACUCUGAAGAAUCCACUGCUGUUUCCCAAACAUAA